AUGCGAACCAACGUCGUCACGAAGACUCAGACUCUAUACGUGACCUUUUCAACCAGGGUUCACUCUCUGGCUACCAUCAUGCCUCCCUCGUCCCCGCCCUCCGCUCCCGGCACCCCAAGAACCGCGUCACCCUUGCCCGCCGCCAUCGCCAUGGACGAGCCCACGCGCCCACUUUCCCCUGUGGUAGCCGACGACGCGCACACUACUGUCGCGCCCACCCAGCGCGACCUCGACACCUGCAGCCUGCGAACCAGCCCGCCCGCCGCGAGCGACACCAUGAGUCUGCCGCGGCCGGGCGAGAGUGCGACAGAGACGGCGGCGCUCAAGGGCAAAGAGAAGGCGGCUGCAAAGGGCCCGAUGAAUCUGCUGGACCUGCCCGUGGAUAUUCUCAAGGAGAUCAUACAGCAGCUACCACAUACCAACGACCUCACCUCGCUCUGUCUCUGCCACUCGGCCCUGCACCGCCUCACCAUUCCAUGCAUCUACUCGCGCUUCGACAUCGUUUGGCCGGAUGAGAGCACUCACACAGAGCCUCGGUCUGGCGUGGAUGCCCUCACCUACGGCCUGGCCACGCUGGUCAUGGGCGAUGACUGCUUCCCCCACCAGACCCGGCUGAGAUACCAAGGAACAACAACGUCGAACUCGCAAAUCCCCCAAGUUCCCACCCCCUACCCGGUCCCACGACGGCGCUUUGGCAACUACUACGGCCAGUUCACCAAGAAGUUCUCCCUCGGCAAUGGACCGCAGGCAUGGGUGCAGGAGUACAUGAUCACCAAAGAGGGCGGCAAGAUGCUGGGAACUCUGGUCGCGCUCGCCAUCGCCCGCAUGAUCAACCUCGAAACAUUUGUAUGGGACAUGCCUACAGGCGUACUCCGCGACGUCUGGCUUGCACUGUCGAGUCUGGCGCAUCGUAGCGACGGAGAGGAAUGUCGUCUGGAGCGCCUCUGGGUUCGCUGGCACGACAACACCAUCGAUGCGCCUCCCCCGCCUGCGCCUCCCAUGAUUCUCAACAAUCAGAAUCUCCCUCCACCACCAAACACCACCCUUCCUAGCGGUUUGGGCACCGUGCAAACACCCAUGGUAGUCGCUCCAUCCUAUUCUCCAAGCAGUUUGACCACACUCGAUCGCGUCGAAUAUCCGACCUUCUCCGCCAUCCCAGCGUUGAAGAGCCUGAGUGUGCUGGAUAUAGAUGAGCUGCCCUACCUGGACGAAAUGAGCAUCUUGAUUGCAAGAUCGCAGAAAAAGCUACGAGAGCUGCGUGUGGGCAUAGCACCUCACGCACAACAACGGGACUGGGUGACGGUCUGGGAGGGAGACGGGCUGCAACAGGUCGACUACAGUACGAUAUCCACCGCAUCCUGCUCCAUAGGCGAGAAACGACUGGGAGGAGUGUUGGGUAUUCUCGUUGGACGCAUUCACAAUAUGCGCCAUUCCGAGGAACCGCAGCCUCAGAAGUCCGGGACCAGCAGCGCAGAGCGGCAUCCCGAGGCUGCGCCAGUCAAGGAGGCCCCGGCUGCCAUUUUGCCAUCAAUCGCCUCACUUACAUUGCACGAUCGAGACGCCGAACCCGAUGUCGAUCACUUUGGAAAUCCCAUGGAUGAAUCGUCUGUGACUGAAGGUAUCAGUCUCUUCAGCGAGCAUCACACGGAUGAUGGCGAUCACGUUGCGCAGUCCGGAAAUACACAGAAACCAGCGGUGAAACCGGCAGUCUCGCCUCCUCCUUCGACAGAAGCUAGAAACGCUCAAGACAAAGGUCGCGAUCCUGCAGAGCCUUUGCUUACCGGCAAACUCAAGCUGGAAGUCCUGGAGCUGGAACGCGUUCCGCUUUCAGUGUCUGUGCUCCGUCGGGCAUUCGACUGGACCAUUCUAUCGACCCUGACUCUUUUACAUUGCAGUAAUCAUGAGCAAUUAUGGAAGGUGCUUCGGAGGACAUAUACUCCGCGAUCAGCGUACCCUGGGUCACCCUCCGCAUCCAAGGCGUUCAAAGCUUCCUAUACCCUAAGAUCCGAGUACCAGCUCAACCUAAAGCGAAUACACACGAACACAGUAUCGCCCUCUCUGAUAUCCUUUCUCAAGGAGACGCUUGCACCGAAUAGCCUUGAAGUCCUCUUCCUACAAGAAGGCCGAUCUUACUCGUCUACGGUAACGGUGGAUGCGAUAUAUAGAGGGCCAAUGCGAAGACAUCGAGCCAGUCUGAAGAAGUUGAUGAUUGAUAGUGGUGAGAAGGGGCCAGAUGGGCAUACGACAAGCUCAAGGUGGCGGAGAUGGAUGCUGAACCGUGAAAUAUUGACCUUCAUCACCAGCGGGCGAAUGAACAACUUGCGUGAACUGGCGGUGUCGAUUGAUUACAAGGAUUGGCAUCACUUCCUACAACGUCUCCCCUUCAUCCCACACAUUCGCUCCCUCUACAUCCCCUACAUUGCCGACCACGCACAUGGCAGUAAUAUCGACCCACGAGAACUUGCCUACCAGAUCCUGGACAUUGUACAUCUACGGCCAGAAAUCGAACUCUGCUACAUGGGUUUGUCCAACAAGUGCUUUGAGAUUCUAGAGAACCGACCAUCCAACUACGAUUUGCGACACGACGGCAUGCACACUGACGGAGGCGGGUCAGGCUACGUGGCACACGAUCCCAUGCUAUCAGAUGACGAGAGUGAGGCGACGGAAGAUGAAGACGAUGACGACAUCGACGAUGGAGUAGCUGCCGCCGCCGGCGAAGAAACAGAAAGCGAAGCGAGCGACGAGGCAGAGGCUGAAAGCGACGAUGAAUCGUUCAUGCACGACUCCCAGAAGGGACCCAAGCUCCGGGUGCGGGAGAUAUUAUUCUACGAGGAACGCGUCGAAGCGUUUAGACGUCGACACGGCGUACUACGACCCUAG